CUUAAAAGACUCCCUGGUCCCAAAUGGCAAAUAAAGCAAUUUAUAUUUUCAUUUUCAUAUACUGAAAAUUUUUCACCUUUAGAUUUUAUUUUAGUUUCAUACUCCUCUAUUUAACAUCCCAAUUUUCCUGCUCCUCCUUCUCCAAAUUUUGUUUUAGUGGGUGUAAUGGAGGAUGAAGAACAUAAUAAAGAGUUACAGCAGCUACAUAAGCUUGUAGCAAAGCUUGCAAUGGAAAUUGAUGCUAAAAACAUGAGGCUAUUUCACUUGGAGGAGAAGUAUGAGCAGUUGACUACAACUGUCAAGAAUAUGGUAAUGGCAAAACGGAAGCUGCAGCAAGAUCAUGCUGAAGAAAUCGGAAGAUUGCAAUCUAGUUUGUCGGAAAGUGAGAAAGUAAGAUCCGAGUUGGAAUAUCAAAGAAACCAAGUUGAGCAAAAGGCCAAGGAAGUUGAUAAACGUGAGAUUCAACUGAUAUCUGAACAAGAAAGGCUUGAAUCUUUAAUGAGAGAUAUGGAAGAUGGUGGAGAUGAGAUGCAAUGCUUAGAAACCCUUAACCAGACACUCAUCAGCAAAGAACGUAUAGCUAAUGCAGAGCUUCAGGAAGCUCGCAAAGCAUUGAUUCAUACUUUGCGAAGACUUCCUGAUGUUGACACUAACAUCGGAAUUAAAAGAAUGGGAGAACUUCAAGUUAAGCCUUUUCGAGAUGCCUACUUGAAAAAGGGCCCUUCGGGGGAUUGGGAAAUGAAAGCGUCUGAGAUGUGCUCAUCAUGGCAAGAAAUUCUCGGUGAUCCUAGUUGGCAUCCUUUCAAACAUAAUGUUGUGAAUGGAAGGCUGCAGGAAGUUAUAGACGAAGAGGACUGCAAGUUGAAAGAAUUGAAAUGUCGAUGGGGUGAGGAAGUAUACAAAGUAGUGGCCGAUGCGUUAUUGGAGCUGAAUGACUACAAUCCUAGUGGUAGGUUUGUUGUUUCAGAACUCUGGAACUACAAAGAGGGAAGGAAGGCUAGUCUCAAAGAGGCGAUAGAGUUUCUUAUACAGAGAUUGACUACCAAGUCCAUGAAGCGCAAACGAUAACAGAACCAGAACACAAACAAUCUGCACAGGUAGAACCGUCCUUCGUGUAAUAUUACUUAUUCAGAAAAAACUCGUGGCUGCUUGGAUGUGGAUGCACUAGGAGUUACAUUUAUGUAGGUAUUCUGGGUUCGUAACUUCGUUUGAAUGUACGACAUUUCUAAGCACUCAUUUCUGAACACGUAUUUGCAUACUUCAUUUCAAAACAAAGAAAAAAAGAAGCAAUAAAAAAUACGAGCGUUGUUACUGCACAAUGCUCAUGAUCUUUUGUGCCCUAAAUAUCAGUUCUCGCCCGUCACAAAGAAGAGCAAGUACUACCUCCGUUUUCCCCACUCGUACAAAUGCACCGUUUCUCCUUUCUAUACAGGGUUUUUUUUGGGUGAAAUAGUAAUUGGAGGAAGUAUAGUAUUUUGAACUCUGGAAAUAUCAUGCUCGUGCCAUUUUUUAGGCUCGUGUUGCAUCACUCAAAGAACAUCACUACACGAGUUUAGAUCUUACAUAAAUGAUUGCGUUUCUAUAUUGAAAAAUAGGAAGCCUCUUUUGUACAGAUUGAGUUUAACAAUUGAUUUGUCCUACUCAUUUUACCACGAGAUGAAAAAUAGAGAGCCUCUUUUGUACAGAUUUUGAGCUUGCCAAUCAAUUUGUCGCACUCAUUUUGCCACGAGACCUGGUGUGUGGCUCGGUGACAUAGAUGAUAGACCAUUGCCAGAGCAACGGUACCGAAAUUUUUUUUUUUUUUAAUGAGUAUGUCUUUUUAUCCCCUAAGAUGACACAAAAAUUUAAAGAGACGAACCCUAAUAGCUUUGAACUGUUUCUUCCUUUUUUACUCACAACAAUGCUGUUUUUGUUACAAUCAUCACUAAUCAUUAUGUAAUUUUAUUCCACAAAUUGUUCUUUACAUGUAAGAAAAUAAAAAGGCU